AUGACGAGGAUGGCACGGAGGCCACUGCCCUACUUGGUCCAGGCGAGCAGGUCGCGGGCCGAGUUCCUGGAGGCGUCCCGCAGCCAUGGCGCGGCCUCGCAGGUCCCUGCGCGGAGGCGCUGCAGCAGCGGAUCCCCGCCGUCGCCGGUGGAGGAAGGCCCUGCUGCCGCCAUCAUCCCUCGCCUGAACUUUGUCCCGCGGAGCUCCGGCGACGGCGAGGAGAUGGGCGGGGGUGAAUCAAAGCCUAGAUUAGAUCGGGAAGGAGGAGAUCAGGAGGGAGGGGCAUUUGGAGAUGUGCCGGACCCCUAUGCCGUGUGCCCAGCUGACACGGUGUUCCCAGCGCUCCUGAGCUGCCCUGUGGCGCCUUCGCUGCAGGCCCAGCUUCCCGACAAAGAUGCACCGGUGGACACGAGCCCGAUGUACGUCAAGGGGGAUCCGUUUGCCAAGACGAUGUACCAGGAUAGUGAAGUCGGGCCCAGGAAGCGGAGCCGUGAUGAGGAGGAUAUUAUACCUGUGGCAGAGCUCAACGAGGUCAUCAAGAACGUGGCGGAAACUGUUUUUGAUGAGCAGCAUAGGAGUUUUGAGUACAUGGACAGGGACUGGCUUACAAAGGGUGAGUAUGAAACGUUGGAGUUCAGAAAGAAGGCUCACCCACCUCAGUUCUAUGAAGUCAAGAAAUCAAAGCGUGGCGGACUUAAGCUCGGACCCCGACCUGGUAAAGCAACCAAACCGAGGAUUGGGAUCAAUGGUUUGGGGCGGAUCGGGAGACUUGUGGCCAGGCUUAUUUUGCACAGCAAGAAAAUGGAACUAGUCGUCGUCAACGACCCUUUUGUGAGCGCAAAUGACAUUGCUACAGCGCUAGCGGACAUGCCUCCUGAUUUAUUCCCUCCCACCAAAGUUCUAGCUAUUUCUGAGCCUGAAAAAAUACCCUGGGGCAAUCUCGGCGCAGACUACGUCGUGGAGAGCACUGGAGUAUUCACUGACACGGAUACUGCCAGCUCUCACUUGAUGGGUGGCGCCAAGAAGGUUAUCAUCUGUGCUCUGAGCAAUGAAGCUCCCACAUUUGUUUACGGUGUCAAUGAAAAUACGUACACACCAGAUAUUAGGAUCAUCUCAGUUGCUGAUACCGCUACAAUUUGUCUUGCUCUGCUCGCCAAGAUCCUCCACACUAAAUUUGGCAUCAGAGAGUGCCAUGCACUCAGUUCCGCUAUUCCUGAUUUAGUCGACAGGUUCCAUGUGACGGUGAGCCAUGAUCCUCAGGUGAAACUGUCUUGUGUGGAACUGGCCGUUAGGCUUGACGAGUGUGCUGACUAUGAGAUGAUCAAGGAUUCUGUCAGGAAGGAGUCUUCUUCAGAGGAACUUCACUAUGUACUAGCUAACCUGGAGGGAGGAGUGGGGCUCAAGGCCACAGAUUAUUUAGGAGAUUGCAGGUCGUGCUUCUUUGAUGCCGAUGCUGGAGGUAUGCUGGGGGACGGUUCCUUCAAGCUCUUCGCAUGGUUCAACCACCAGCGCAGCUACGGCCAGCGCUGCACUGACAUGAUUCUACACAUGGCGAAGAAGUCUAGAGUUGAUUGAGGAAGAGCUUCUACGGCAGAAAUGGGAAAGAGUUUAGAAAACACGGCCCUCUGCAACCUUUGUUACACCUUGUAAAUACUGCUAGGUUCCUCUGCUUGUACUGACGAGGCAAAUGCUUAUCAGUGUUGAGUGCUACACACAUGAGAAGAGACGGUGUAUGUUAGUCUCCUAGCUAGCUAAUCAGGCCAUGCCAAAGGUUGCCUGUUAUUUUUGCAAAUAUUGAGUGGAAGUCAGCAAUGUGGCUGGCUGUUUGUAUGAAAUACAGAUGCAAAUGCUACGAUUGCCGUGUAGAGUCUUUGUAAAUUCUUCCUCAUGAACUAC